AUGGUUGAUCGUUGUCCUAAGAGCUUAGAGUUGGAAGGGAGGCCGAAUGUGCUGGCUGCCAGGGUCAUCCUGGACAGCCAGGGCCCAGAGGCCCACCUGGCAUGGAUGGCUGUAAUGGAACUCAAGGAGAUGUUGGAUUUCCAGGCCCUGAUGGCUAUCCUGGGCUUCUCGGACUGCCUGGGACAUUUGACAGUUAUUAUCAACAUUUUUGGUCAUCACGACUGGGGUUUGCUACUGGCACUGGACAGCCCCCAGCACAUCAUCAAGAAGUCGUCUGUCCCAAAGUAUCAACAGUGGGUCUUGCCCCUCUCCGCCGCCCGCACUGGGGAGCCUGCUUUGGGCCCCGGGGAGAAGCUCGAGCAGAGGGUGGCCACGCUGGCAGCCUGCCUCUCAGACCAGCAGGACCCGAGUCCCUCUUUUGAGAGCAUUAGGACUCCUGACUUCCUCGGCCUGACAUCAUCCUCUAACAAGGACCGUGACCAUAGCAGAGUCCCAAGCCUCCUGAACGGCGAGAAGGGUGGUGUUGGCCCACCAGGCCCCGAUGUUUUCAUCGAUACAGAUGGUGCUGUGAUCUCAGGUUAUCCUGGAGACCCCGGUAUGCCAGGCCUCCCAGGCCUAAAAGGAGAUGAAGGCAUCCAGGGCCUGCCUGGCCCUUCCGGUGUCCCUGGAUUACCAGCUUUAUCAGGGCCCCAGGGCGUUCCAGGCCUGAAAGGGGACCAAGGAAACCCCGGCCGCACCACAAUUGGGCCAGCUGGCCUCCCUGGCAGAGAUGGUUUGCCAGGCCUGCCAGGCCUACCAGGCCCACCCGGUCCAGCAUUUGAGACGGGAACCCUCCAGGGCCUAGAGCCAGGGUCUCCUGGACUCCGAGGAGAACGAGGUCCAAAAGGAAACCCAGGCCCCAAAGGAAUGAAAGGCCUGUUGGAAGUGCCACCUAUGGGGCUCCAAGAUGGAGACAGCGAUCAAGCUCACACAGGACAAAGGGGCUCCCAGGCUCCUCUGCCUGCCCCCCUCCACCUGCAGGAGGGGACUCGGGUUUCUGUGCUUGUGAUGGUGGUAUUUCCAACGUUGGACCCCCAGGGGAGUCAGGCCUGCCUGGGCCACCAGGUCUCCUGGGCCCUCCAGGCCCUAAAGGAACCAGAGGAGAUCCAGGCUCUGGGGGUGCACAGGGCCCAUCAGGGGAUCCCGGUUUAUUUGGGCCUCAAGGUCCAGCAGGUCCCAAAGGAAAGAAAGGGGAACCGAGCCUCAGUACAGGAUCAGGGUUGCCAGGCGAUCAGGGUGAUCCUGGGCUGCAGGGGCUCCCUGGUGAGCCAGGCGUGCCAGGCAAGGAUGGAAUACCAGGUUUACCAGGUCUCCCAGGCCUUCCGGGGCUUCCCUGGUGAAAAGGGGUUACCAGGACUUCCUGGUGAAAGGCACACUGGUCCAACUGGACCCCCAGGAAUUGGGCUACCAGGAUCGCCUGGACCUCGGGGGCUUCCUGGAGAUCAAGGAGUAGAUGGAUUACCAGGGCCACAAGGUCCCUCUGGACUUCCAGGUGACUGCUGCUGCGGAGAGAAGGUUGGGGACAGAGACUUAGACACAGAGGGAGGUGUCACCUUGCCUUGUGUUAUUCCUGGGGCUUACGGUCCACCAGGAUUCCCAGGAACUCCCGGACUCCCAGGCCCUAAAGGGGCCCAUGGCCUCCCAGGGACGCCAGGCCAGCCCGGAUUGCGUGGAAAUAAAGGAGAGCCUGGAAAUCCAGGAUCGGUUCACCUCCCUGAACUGCCAGGAUUUCCUGGACCUCGUGGAGAAAAGGGCUUGCCUGGGUUUCCUGGGCUUCCUGGAAAAGAUGGCUUCCCUGGGAAAGUGGGCAGUCCAGGCUUACCAGGUCCCAAGGGAGCCCCUGGUGACAUCAUUGGUGCCGAGAGCGGUGCUCCGGGGGAGCAAGGCCUGCAGGGACUGCCAGGGGACAGAGGAUUUCCUGGAGACGCUGGCCUUCCAGGACCCAAGGGUUUGCUUGGGAAAUCAGGCUUGCUCGGCCCCAAAGGUGAGCGGGGCAGCCCUGGAACACCAGGCCACACGGGACAGCCAGGCCCCCCCGGGCCUGGUGGUCUAUUCGGCAUCAAGGGCAAACCCGGGCUCCCAGGAGCGCCAGGCUUUCCAGGCACUUCAGGACAUCCUGGGAAGAGAGGUCCAAGAGGCGAGAUAGGUCCCCCCGCAUCAGCUGGCAAGAGAGGCCUGCCUGGGCUGAAAGGCCUUCCGGGAUCUCCUGGCCUAAUUGGCUUCCUGGGGAACCCCGGCUCGCCAGGGGCCACUGGGUUGCCAGGCCUGCCAGGUCCGAAGGGUGAGAAGGGGUCUGUUGGGCUGAUAGGUUUUCCAGGGAUUCCAGGUCUCCCUGGUAUUCCUGGUGCAAGCGGAUUAAAGGGAAUUCCUGGAUCAGCCGGAAGAGUGGGACCUUCUGGACAGGCUGGCAGCCCUGGUGAAAAAGGAGACAGAGGCGACCCAGGGCCAGUGGGAAUCCCCAGUCCAAGACCGCCAAUGCUGAAUGUCCUUUUCAAAGGAGACAGAGGCUCUCAGGGCUCAGCUGGAUCCAUCGGAUUUCCCGGGCCCAGAGGUGACAAGGGAGAAGCUGGCUUCCCCGGGCCACCAGGCUUGCCUGGAGCUCCUGGCUUGCCCAGCAUCAUCAAGGGACUUAGUGGGAUACCAGGCCCUCCUGGUUCCACGGGACUGCGGGGCUUACCCGGCCUGAAGGGGUCCCCUGGAAUCACAGUUCCAGGAGUACCAGGACAAAGUGGCUCACAGGGUCUCAGUGGAGCUCCUGGGCUCCCAGGAGCAUCUGGUCUCCCAGGUUUAAAAGGAGAUCAAGGCCAGACACUUGGAAUUUCUGGUAGCCCAGGACCCAAGGGACAACCUGGAGAGUCUGGUUUCAAAGGUGUGAAAGGAAAAGAUGGACCCGUUGGUGAUGUGGGUUUCCCAGGAAACAAAGGGGAAGAUGGGAAUGCUGGUAUUCCUGGAGCUGUUGGCCUUCCUGGCUCCCCAGGACUCCCCGGGGUCGCAGGCAUGAGGGGAAAUCCAGGGCUUCCAGGUUCUCCAGGCCACCCAGGGGCAUCUGGGCCCCUGGGACCCCCUGGCCUCGUAGGAACCAAAGGUUUCCCUGGACUUCCUGGUUUACAUGGACUAAACGGGCUUCCAGGAACCAAAGGGACUCAUGGAACUCCAGGACCUAGCAUAACUGGUGUGCCUGGGCCAGCUGGCCUGCCUGGUCCCAAAGGAGAGAAAGGCUCUCCAGGAGUUGGCAUUGGAGCCCCAGGAAAUCCAGGCGUGAGAGGGCAAAAGGGUAGCCGAGGUUUCCCAGGUCUUCAGGGCCCCGCUGGUCUCCCCGGUCCCCCAGGCCACUCCUUGCCUUCAGUCAUAGCAGGACAGCCUGGUGACCCCGGGCGACCAGGCCUAGAUGGAGAACGAGGCCGCCCAGGCCCCCCGGGGCCCCUAGGUCCCCCGGGGCCAUCCUCGGAUCAAGGCGACCCUGGAGACCCUGGCUUCCCUGGAAUUCCUGGUCCUCGAGGGCCCAAGGGAGACCAAGGAAUCCCAGGUUUCUCUGGCCUCCCAGGAGCAUUGGGACUGAAAGGCAUGAAAGGGGAGCCUGGAUUCAUGGGGAUUCCAGGCAAGGUUGGGCCAUCCGGAGACCCAGGAUUUCCCGGGAUGAAGGGGAAAGCAGGGCCAAGAGGUCUUUCCGGCCCUCGAGGUGCUCCUGGCCAAACACCAAUUGCAGAAGCUAUCCGGGCUCCUCCUGGACCCAUGGGUCUUCCAGGCAUUGAUGGUAUUCCCGGCCUCACGGGGGACCCUGGGGCCCAAGGCCCUAUAGGCCUACAAGGUACCAAAGGUUUACCUGGCAUCCCUGGCAAAGAUGGCCCCACUGGUCUCCCCGGCCCACCUGGGGCUCUUGGUGAUCCUGGUCUCCCUGGACUGCAAGGCCCUCCAGGAUAUGAAGGAGCUCCAGGGAAGCAGGGCCCCUUUGGGACGGCUGGAUUGCCCGGGCAGAGCGUGAGAGUGGGCUACACCUUGGUGAAACACAGCCAGUCGGAACAGGUGCCCCUGUGUCCCAUCGGGAUGAGCCAGCUCUGGGUGGGUUACAGCCUGCUGUUUGUGGAGGGGCAGGAGAAAGCCCACAACCAGGAUCUGGGGUUUGCUGGCUCCUGCCUGCCCCGCUUCAGCACCAUGCCCUUCAUCUACUGCAACAUCAACGAAGUGUGCCACUAUGCCCGGCGCAACGAUAAAUCCUACUGGCUCUCCACUACCGCCCCCAUCCCCAUGAUGCCCGUCGGCCAGUCGCAGAUUCCCCAGUAUAUCAGCCGCUGCUCUGUGUGUGAGGCACCCUCCCAAGCUAUUGCCGUGCACAGCCAGGACAUCACCAUCCCGCAGUGCCCCCUGGGCUGGCGCAGCCUCUGGAUCGGCUACUCCUUCCUCAUGCACACAGCCGCUGGUGCUGAGGGUGGGGGCCAGUCCCUAGUGUCCCCCGGCUCCUGCCUCGAGGACUUUCGGGCCACACCCUUCAUCGAGUGCAGUGGUGCCCGAGGCACCUGCCACUACUUUGCCAACAAGUACAGUUUCUGGCUGACGACGGUGGAGGAGCGGCAGCAGUUUGGGGAGGAGCCGGUCUCUGAGACGCUGAAAGCCGGGCAGCUCCACACCCGGGUCAGCCGCUGCCAGGUGUGUAUGAAAAGCGUGUAGGGCGGCCCCUGCCACUCUGCCCCUGGCCCUCCCCUCCUCCACACAACGGUCACCUCACAAACCUGAUCGGUCUGAAGAAGGAAGGCCUAACUAAGCCCUUUUCGCCCAUCUGUCAAGUUGUACAUUGGAGUCUCGUUUGGGCUGGACUCCUGGCCACUGGUCACUCCAACCCUCAGGCCCCGUGGACGAGCCGCCCAUCCUGCUGAAAUGUGCUGUCCCCUUUCAGUCUACUUGGUGCUACUGUUUGGGUGGGAUGUUUGCAUGACUAUUCAUGGCUACCUCAGAAAGACCUGCUGGACCACCACUUUCGUAGGAUGCUAGCUAGCCUUCCUUACUUUCUUAAUCAGAAAGCUCUUCAUGAUAGCUGAUAAGUCACUUCUUUAUGGCCAGAGGUCACCGCACAUUAUGUGGCUUAAACUAGAACCCCGUGUUUGUGCAUGAAAAAAAUUUCUCUGGCUCAGCAUUCAUGGAUGGUUCAAGCCUGCCCAGGGCAAGCUCUUACACUUCAUGGACACCCACUGUGUCUAGGCAGGCAGCAGAGCUGGAAUGAGGUGCCAAGCAGUAGCCCGAGGUGAGCUUUGACUCAUAUUAUGUAGGGGAGAGGCUGGAAGGCCAGCUGCCAAUAGGGGCUCAUGAACUUCCCAAGAUCAUGGACAAAUCACUUCCUCCUUGCCUGCUCCCUCCUCAGCCAGAGGCUCCAGGUAUCCUGACCUGGAGAGGAAGCACCAAAUGUGGCCUGACCCAUGAAGGGCAAUGAGAAGCGCAGCCCUUUCUCCCGGGCUGUGGCGGGGGGUGGGGGUGGGGGCAUGGAGAGGGGGAUGGGUAAGGAGGCAUGAAUUUUGCUUUCAACUCCAGAAACAAAAAGGUAAACCCCUUGUCCCACUCUCUCAGAAGCCCCCGUUUCUGCCAAAUGCCAUCCCGCUGUCUGCAAGGUGGCAAAUCGAAGCUGCAGUGUUGGUUCCUGUGCUUGGUGACGCUGUGAGAGCCUUUCCACUAAAAUGCCUCCAAUGGCUCUUUCACGGGUAGCCUGUUAAACCAUUUUAAUACAUUUUUAAACCCUCAUAAAACUCUAGCACACUCCUCGCUUUCGCAGUUGGCAGACCCAAAGCGAGCCUGAGUUGACUAUAAAGGAUAUUGUAUUCUGUUUAGGGGGAUUUGUUUUUACCAUUUCCUUUAAUUAUCAGUUUUACCAGAACACUUAGCUAUGUUGACAUGAGGCAUCCUUCCAGGUGAUUCUCUUUUCUUAAAUAUUAUGUAAACUGUGCCAACACAGACAAGGCAUAAUCAGUAUAAUCUCAACUAUUGUUACUUUCACCUUCUGCGUAUUAAACAUGGUGUCAGCUUUGUACACUGCAAAUAAAAGGAAUUCAACAUGAA